UCGAAAUCCAUCGGCCAAACCGCAAUGGCUUUCUCGAUCGGCGUGUUGUUCUCUUCCCCCAACGUUCUCGCCGUUCGUUCCAAGCCCUCGCCUUUCGCAGAGGACCGCACCUUCCUCGGCGGCCGCAAUGGCCGCCUUUCCUUCUCCGACAGUCUCUCUGGCGCGAAAUUAGUCCGCCAGAGGCCGGUGGCUGCGACGAGAAGAGAGGCGAGGACGAGGAGCCCCUUGGUCGUCUCCCCCAAGGCUGUAACCGACUCGAAUAACUCGCAGACCUGCCUCUUCCCCGACGCGAGCCGAAGUGUGUUGGGUAUUAUUUUAGGUGGUGGCGCAGGAACGCGGCUGUAUCCACUGACAAAGAAGAGAGCUAAACCAGCAGUUCCUCUCGGUGCCAACUACAGGCUCAUCGACAUCCCCGUCAGCAACUGCUUGAACAGCAACAUCUCCAAGAUCUAUGUUUUGACACAGUUCAAUUCAGCUUCGCUAAAUCGCCACCUCGCACGGGCUUAUGGAAGCACCAUGGGUGGUUACCAAAAUGAAGGAUUUGUCGAAGUUCUUGCUGCCCAACAAAGCCCCGAGAAUCCCAACUGGUUUCAGGGUACUGCUGAUGCUGUAAGGCAAUACUUGUGGCUUUUUGAGGAGCAUAACGUGAUGGAAUUCUUGAUUCUUGCCGGGGAUCAUUUGUAUCGUAUGGACUAUGAGAAAUUCAUUCAAUCACAUAGAGAAUCAUGCGCCGACAUCACUGUGGCUGCACUGCCAAUGGAUGAAAAGCGUGCGACUGCCUUUGGCCUCAUGAAGAUCGAUGAAGAAGGACGGAUCAUUGAGUUUGCGGAGAAGCCAAAAGGCGAGCAAUUGAAGGCAAUGCAGGUGGAUACUACUAUUUUGGGCCUCGAUGUAGAAAGAGCAAAGAAGAUGCCUUUUAUUGCUAGCAUGGGCAUCUAUGUUAUCAGCAAAGACAUAAUGCUUAAGUUGCUUCGCGAUAAGUUCCCUUCAGCAAAUGACUUUGGUAGCGAAGUAAUUCCUGGGGCUUGCAACCUUGGUUUGAGAGUACAAGCUUAUCUAUAUGAUGGUUACUGGGAAGAUAUUGGUACCAUAGAAGCAUUUUACAAUGCUAACCUUGGGAUAACAAAGAAGCCCGUUCCUGAUUUCAGUUUUUAUGACCUUUCAUAUCCAAUAUAUACUCAAGCUCGAUAUUUGCCUCCAUCUAUAAUGCUUGAUACUGAUGUCACCGAUAGUGUUAUUGGCGAGGGAUGUGUGAUUCAGAAAUGCAAGAUUCACCAUUCUGUAAUUGGCCUUCGAUCUUGCAUUUCGGAAGGUGCAGUGGUAGAAGAUACUUUACUAAUGGGAGCUGAUUAUUAUGAGACUGAAGCUGACAAGAUUCUAUUAGCCGCGAAAGGUAGCUUUCCAGUCGGAAUUGGAAAAAAUUCUCACAUUAGAAAAGCCAUCAUUGAUAAGAAUGUUCGAAUGGGAGAGAACGUUAAGAUCAUUAAUACUGAAAAUGUGCAAGAAGCAUCAAGGGAGGCCCAUGGAUACUUCAUCAAAAGUGGCAUUGUGACCAUAAUAAAAGAUGCUUUAAUCCCAAGUGGAACAACAAUUUGAUGUCUUUCCUCUUUCAUUUAAAUUUAUAAAUUUUAUUUUUUAUUUUUUAUGUAGAGUAAAUGAUAAAGUUUUUUGGGAUGUUAUGUAUUUAAAUUUUUUUUAACAGCACUUAUUUCUAUCAAUAAAUAAGUUGAGAUUUUGAUUA